AGGGGGCUCGCAGAGCUGAGGACGCGCGCCGCGCCGCUCAAGGUCUCUCUCCCCGCGCGCUCGCCGGCCGGCAUCUGACGCGGGUGCCAGGGUCUCCGGGCACCUUGCAGUGGCCCUUCCCUCGGCCAGCCGGGACUCCGCAACCCAGCCGCUGCCGCCGCGGCCACCGCCUGAGGGGACCUGCGGACAGCUCGCCGGCAGGAGGAGGGGAGCGUAGCGCGCGCGCAGAGCUUCUCCCCCGCUGCGCAGCGAGACCCGGGCCUCCCGGCCCCAGAAGCCCCCCGGCCGCCUCGCCAGGUGUGUGGCACUGAAGUUCUUGCGGAAGGGAGUCCAACUCUUCAAGGUGAACUAUGACCACUUUACUCCUGGUGUUUGUGACUCUGAGGGUCAUCACGGCAACCAGCUCACUAGAAGCUUCAGACCCUGACAACUCGCUGAGUGUCAGCAUCCCCGAACCGUCCCCUCUGCGGGUCCUCCUGGGGGGCUCCCUCACCAUCCCCUGCUACUUCAUCGACCCCAUGCACCCUGUGACCACCGCCCCUUCCACCGCCCCCCUCGCCCCGAGAAUCAAGUGGAGCCGCAUUUCCAAGGAGAAGGAGGUGGUGCUGCUCGUAGCCACGGAAGGGCAGGUGCGGGUCAACAGUGCCUACCAAGACAAGGUCUCGCUGCCCAACUACCCGGCCAUCCCCAGUGAUGCCACCUUGGAAAUCCAGAACCUUCGCUCCAAUGACUCUGGGAUCUACCGCUGUGAGGUUAUGCACGGCAUUGAGGACAGUGAGGCUACCCUAGAGGUCGUGGUGAAAGGCGUUGUGUUCCAUUACAGAGCCAUCUCCACGCGCUACACGCUGGACUUCGACAGGGCACAGCGGGCCUGCCUGCAGAACAGUGCCAUCAUCGCUAGCCCCGAACAGCUACAGGCCGCCUAUGAGGACGGCUUCCACCAGUGUGACGCCGGCUGGCUGGCCGACCAGACUGUCAGGUACCCCAUCCACACUCCGAGAGAAGGCUGUUAUGGGGACAAAGAUGAGUUUCCGGGCGUCAGGACCUAUGGCAUCCGCGACACCAAUGAGACCUAUGAUGUCUACUGCUUCGCUGAGGAGAUGGAGGGCGACGUCUUCUAUGCGACAUCUCCGGAGAAGUUCACCUUCCAGGAGGCGGCCGACGAGUGCCGGCGGCUGGGCGCACGGCUGGCCACCACGGGCCAGCUCUACCUGGCCUGGCAGGGCGGCAUGGACGUGUGCAGUGCUGGCUGGCUGGCUGACCGCAGCGUGCGCUACCCCAUCUCCAAGGCCCGGCCCAACUGCGGGGGCAACCUCCUGGGCGUGCGGACCGUCUACCUGCACGCCAACCAGACGGGCUACCCGGACCCCUCAUCCCGCUACGACGCCAUCUGCUACACAGGUGAAGACUUUGUGGACAUCCCAGAAAACUUCUUUGGGGUGGGCGGCGAGGAGGACAUCACCAUCCAGACAGUGACCUGGCCUGACAUGGAGCUGCCCCUGCCCCGAAACGUCACCGAGGGUGAAGCCCGAGGCCACGUGAUCCUCACUGUGAAACCCAUCUUUGGCGUCUCCCCUACUGUCCCGGAGCCCGAGGAGCCCUUCACGUUUGCCCCGGAGCCCGAGGAGCCCUUCACGUUUGCCCCGGAGCCCGAGGAGCCCUUCACGUUUGCCCCCGAUGGAGGGACCUCUGCCUUCCCUGAGGCUGAGAACAGGACUGGAGAGGCCACCGGGCCCUGGAGUGUUCCCGCCACGCCCGGCCCAGCCUUCACCGCCUUCACCAGUGAGGACCAUGUCGUGCAGGUGACGGCAGUCCCAGGCGCAGCCGAAGUUUCGGGGCGACCACGAUUGCCAGGGGGGGUUGUGUUCCACUACCGGCCUGGCUCCGCCCGCUACUCACUGACCUUUGAGGAGGCUCAGCAGGCCUGCCUGAACACUGGGGCUGUCAUGGCCUCUCCGGAACAGCUCCAGGCCGCCUAUGAAGCAGGCUAUGAGCAAUGUGAUGCUGGUUGGCUGCAGGACCAGACCGUCAGAUACCCCAUCGUGAGCCCACGGACCCCGUGUGUGGGUGACAAAGACAGCAGCCCAGGGGUCAGGACCUACGGUGUGCGGCCACCAUCAGAAACCUAUGAUGUCUACUGCUACGUGGACAGGCUCGAGGGAGAGGUGUUCUUCGUCACACGUCUGGAGCAGUUCACCUUCCAGGAAGCCCUGGCAUUCUGUGAAUCUCACAACGCCACCCUGGCCUCCACGGGCCAGCUCUACGCCGCCUGGAGUCAAGGCCUGGACAAGUGCUAUGCCGGCUGGCUGGCGGACGGCAGCCUCCGUUACCCCAUCGUCACCCCAAGGCCCUCCUGCGGCGGAGACAAGCCAGGCGUGAGAACCAUCUACCUCUAUCCCAACCAGACUGGCCUCCCCGACCCGCUGUCCCGGCAUCACGCCUUCUGCUUCCGAGGUGUCUCAGCAGCGCCCUCUCCAGGAGAAGAAGAGGGUGGCACACCCACCCCCUCUGUCGUGGAGGACUGGAUCGCUACCCAGGUGGGGCCUGGUGUGGCUGCUGUCCCCGGGCGGGAGGAGACCACCACAAUCCCAGACUUCACCAUUGAGCCAGAAAACCAGACGGAAUGGGAACCAGCCUACAGCCCAGCGGGCACUUCCCCACCGCCAGGGAUCCCUCCAACGUGGCCUCCCACCAGCGCAGCAACAGAGGAGAGCACAGAAGGCCCUUCUGGAACGGAAGUGCCCUCAGCCUCAGAGGGGCUGUCCCCCUCGGAAAAGCCAUCCCCCUCAGAGGAACUGCUCCCCUGGGAGGAGCUGUCCACACUUUUACCUCCAGUGCCCAGUGGGACUGAGCUGCCAGGCUCUGGGGAGGCAUCCGGUGUACCUGAAGUCAGUGGUGACUUCACAGGCAGUGGAGAAGUUUCAGGACAUCUGGACUUCAGUGGGCAACCCUCAGGGGAAAGUGCAAGUGGACUGCCCUCUGAAGAUCUUGACUCCAGUGGGCUCACGUCUGCUGUGGGCUCAGGCCUGCCUGUGGGAAGUGGAUUGCCCUCAGGGGAUGAAGAUAAAAUUACAUGGUCUAGCAUUCCUAAAGUUGGAGGUGAGGGCCUAGAGACCUCUGCCUCUGGAGUAGGGGACCUCAGCGGGCUGCCUUCUGGAGAAGGUCCAGAAGCCUCUGCCUCUGGAGUAGGGGACCUCAGCGGGCUACCUUCUGGAGAAGGUCCAGAAGCCUUUGCCUCUGGAGUGGAGGACCUCAGUGGAUUACCUUCUGGAGAAGGUCCAGAAGUCUCUGCCUCUGGAGUAGAGGACCUCAGCAGGCUGCCUUCUGGAGAAGGUCCAGAAGUCUCUGCCUCUGGAGUGGAGGACCUCAGUAGAUUACCUUCUGGAGAAGGUCCAGAAGUCUCUGCCUCUGGAGUAGAGGACCUCAGCAGGCUGCCUUCUGGAGAAGGUCCAGAAGUCUCUGUCUCUGGAAUAGAAGACCUCAGUGGAUUACCUUCUGGAGAAGGUCCAGAAGUCUCUGUCUCUGGAGUAGAGGACCUCAGCAGACUGCCUUCUGGAGAAGGUCCACAAGUCUCUGCCUCUGGAGUAGGGGACCUCAGCGGGCUGCCUUCUGGAGAAGGUCCAGAAGUCUCUGCCUCUGGAGUAGGGGACCUCAGUGGACUUCCUUCUGGGAGAGAAGGUCUAGAGACCUCUGUCUCUGGUGUAGGGGACCUGAGUGGGCUGCCUUCUGGAGAAGGUCCAGAAGCCUCUGCCUCUGGAGUAGGGGACCUCAGUGGACUUCCUUCUGGAAGAGAAGGUCUAGAGACUUCUGUCUCUGGUGUAGGGGACCUCAGCGGGCUGCCUUCUGGAGAAUUUCCAGAAGUCUCUGCCUCUGGAAUAGGGGACCUCAGUGGACUUCCUUCUGGAAGAGAAGGUCCAGAAGCCUCUGCCUCUGGAGUAGGGGACCUCAGCGGGCUGCCUUCUGGAGAAUUUCCAGAAGUCUCUGCCUCUGGAAUAGGGGACCUCAGUGGACUUCCUUCUGGAAGAGAAGGUCUAGAGACCUCUGUCUCUGGUGUAGGGGACCUCAGUGGGCUGCCUUCUGGAGAAGGCCCAGAAGCCUCUGCCUCUGGAAUAGGGGACCUCAGUGGACUUCCUUCUGGAAGAGAAGGUCUAGAGACCUCUGCUUCUGGAGUAGAGGAUCUCAGUGGGUUGCCUUCUGGAGUAGAGAGUCAUCCAGAGACUUCUGCUUCUGGAGUAGAGGACCUCAGUGAACUUCCUUCUGGAGGAGAGGGUCUAGAGACCUCUGUUUAUGGAGCUGAGGAUCUCAGUGGGUUGCCCUCUGGGAAAGAAGACUCGAUUGGGUCAGCCUCUGGAGCCUUGGACUUUGGCAGAGUACCUUCCGGAACUCUGGGAAGUGGGCAAGCUCCAGAAGCAAGUGGCCUUCCCUCUGGAUUUAGUGGUGAGUAUUCAGGGGUGGACCUUGGAAGUGGCCCAUCCUCUGGCCUACCUGAUUUUAGUGGCCUUCCCUCUGGAUUCCCAACUGUGUCCCUAGUGGAUACGACAUUGGUGGAAGUGGUCACAGCCACCAGUGCAAGUGAACUGGAAGGGAGGGGAGCUGUUGGCAUCAGUGGUGCUGGAGAAACAUCUGGGCUGCCCUUCAGUGAGCUGGACAUUAGUGGGGCAGUUAGUGGACUCCCUUCAGGAGCUGAACUCAGUGGCCAAGUGUCUGGGUCUGCUGACAUCAGUGGGGAAACAUCUGGAUUCUUCGGUGUCAGUGGACAGCCGUCAGGGUUUCCUGACAUCAGUGGGGGAACAUCUGGGCUUUUUGAGGUCAGUGGGCAGCCAUCAGGGUUUUCUGGGGAAACAAUGGGAGUGACAGAGCCUAGUGGACUGCCCUCCGGACAACCAGAUGUCAGUGGAGAAACCUCUGGAGUUCUUUCUGGCGCUGGUCAGCCCUUUGGCAUAACCGACCUGAGUGGAGAAACAUCUGGGGUCCCUGAUAUCAGUGGGCAGCCAUCGGGGUUGCCGGAGUUCGGUGGGACAACUUCUGGAGUCCCUGACCUGGUUCCCGGGACCAUGAGUAGUAGUGGUGAGUCUUCUGGCAUUACGUUUGUGGACAGCAGUUUGGUUGAAGUGACCCCAACUACUUUUAAAGAAGAAGAAGAAGGUUUAGGGUCUGUGGAAGUCAGUGGCCUCCCUUCAGGGGAGGCAGAUCUCUCGGGCACGUCUGGGGUCAUGGAUGUCAGUGGACAAACUUCUGGAGCAAUUGACUCCAGCGGGUUGACAUCCCAGCCUCCAGAAUUCAGUGGCCUGCCAAGUGGAGUAGCUGAAGUCAGUGGAGAAUCCUCUGGAGCAGAGACUGGGAGCAGCCUGCCCUCGGGAGCAUAUGACGGCAGUGGACUCCCAUCCGGUCUCCCCACUGUGUCUCUUGUAGACAGAACUUUGGUGGAAUCCGUCACCCAGGCUCCAACAGCCCAAGAAGCAGGAGAAGGGCCCUCGGGCAUUUUGGAACUCAGCGGUGCCCAUUCUGGAGCACCAGACGUGUCUGGAGACCAUUUGGGAGUUUUGGACCUAAGUGGGCUGCAGUCCGGGCUGGUGGAGCCCAGUGGAGAGCCAUCAAGUACUCCAUAUUUUAGUGGGGACUUUUCUGGCACCAUGGAUGUAAGUGGAGAAUCCUCUGCAGCCACGAGCACCAGUGGGGAGGCCUCAAGACUUCCAGAAGUUACUUUAAUCACUUCUGAGUUCGUGGAGGGUGUCACGGAACCAACUGUUUCCCAGGAACUUGCCCAAAGACCCCCCGUGACGUACACCCCCCAGCUCUUUGAGUCCAGUGGAGAAGCCUCUGCGUCUGGGGAUAUUAGUGGAGCUACACCAAGGUUUCCCGGGUCUGGGCUAGAAGUGUUGUCUGUCCCGGAAUCCAGCAGCGAGACGUCUGACGUUCCUGAGGCUGGGGUAGGGGCAUCUGCCGCCCCUGAGGCCAGCGGACGAGCUUCCGGGGUCCCUGAUGUGGGUGAAGCCACCUCUGCCUUCCCUGAAGCUGAUGUGGAGGGGGCCUCAGGCCUGGGAGUGAGCGGCAGCACCUCAGCCUUUCCUGAAGGCCCCAGGGAGGGCUCGGCCACCCCGAAAGUACGGGAGGAGCCAACCAGCACCUACGCUGUGGGCACAGAGGCGUCAGGCUGGCCUUCGGCCACUCCGAUGGUGUCUGGAGACAGGACUGAAGUCAGCGGAGACCUGUCUGGUCACACGUCGGGGCAGGAUGUUGUCGUCAGCACUAGCGUCCCAGAAUCCGAGUGGAUCCAGCAGAGCCAGCGCCCUGCAGAGGCGCCUCUAGAAAUCGAGUCCUCAAGCCCCUUGCACUCAGGAGAAGAGACCCAAACGGCCGAAACUGCCACUUCCCCCACAGAUGUUUCCAUCCUCACUUCUCCAGCAGGGACACAUGAAUCAGCACCAACCGUUCCAGACCAAGAGCUGUGUGAGGAGGGCUGGGCCAAGUUCCAGGGUCACUGUUACCGCUACUUUCCCGACCGCGAGAGCUGGGUGGAUGCCGAGAGCCGGUGUCGGGCUGAACAGUCACACCUGAGCAGCAUCGUCACCCCCGAGGAGCAGGAGUUUGUCAACAACAACGCCCAAGACUACCAGUGGAUCGGCCUGAAUGACAGGACCAUCGAAGGGGACUUCCGCUGGUCAGACGGACACUCCUUGCAAUUUGAGAACUGGCGCCCCAACCAGCCCGACAACUUCUUCGUCAACGGGGAGGACUGCGUGGUGAUGAUCUGGCACGAGAAGGGAGAGUGGAAUGACGUGCCCUGCAAUUACCACCUGCCCUUCACGUGUAAAAAGGGCACAGUGGCCUGCGGAGACCCCCCCGUGGUGGAACACGCCAGGACCUUCGGGCAGAAGAAGGACCGGUACGAGAUCAAUUCUCUGGUGCGGUACCAGUGCACAGAGGGCUUCGUCCAGCGCCACGUGCCCACCAUCCGGUGCCAGCCCAGCGGGCACUGGGAGGAGCCUCGGAUCACCUGCACAGACCCCUCCACGUACAAGCGCAGACUACAGAAGCGGAGCCCACGGGCCCCACGGAGGAGCCGACCCAGCACAGCCCACUGAGAGCAGCUUCCAGGAUGCGCCCAGGAUCCUGAGCCCAGGAGCCUCGCCAGGCUGACGUCCACACGGACGGUGUCUUCUUCUUGUCGCUUUCUGUCAUAUAAGGAAUUCCAUUAAAGAAGGAAAAAACCAAAUCCCACAUUGUGUAUGCACCUGCCCCCCGCCCCCCCAAAUCGCCAACACUGCAUCUGAAUUUCCCCCCCAAUGCCAAAGCCAAGCAAACGUAUUGUAACCCGUGGACUGAGUCUAGAGACAUUUCUUCAAUCUCCCGUUGUGCCUUUCCAGGGACCAGUGCAGGGACAGGGGGAGAAGGGGAGGGGUUAAGUUAAAUAAAGAAGAUUAUUUUUUGUUUCCUGACUUUAUCCAAGAGCAGUGCAAUGGUUGGUUCUUUCCCCUCCGGGGAGAGCUAGGGAGGAGGGAGGAAGGGGCCCGAAGAGCUGGGACCAGACCGGACUGCAGCUGAAUGUAUUGGAUGAGGGGCCAGGAGGGCCGCACGGUCUGUGUGGGGGGAGAAGCCUGGGGGAGAGGGGGCGGGCUCCGCCGAGGAUGAGGGGGCAGGAGAGAACCGCUGAGGGAUCUUCUGCUGCGUGGGGGGUCGGGUUCCCUCCCAAGGUCCCUCUUCCAGCGUCCUCUCACCCAGGCUGCCACCCGAGCAGCUGUCCAUCUCAGCAGGGCUGGGUGGGGGGGGGGCACUUCCUUCCCAGCGGGAGUGCCGCCCCACCCCCUCCCCCCUCCCCCCACACCUCCGGGACGGUGCAGGCACCAGAGUUCCGUGCACCUAUUUAUAUUUUUGAAAACUGAAGAUUAUGAUA